CCUGUCUGGACAUAUUCCUACCUGGUCCUGCUGUUUCCUGUAUUUCUUGCUACAGACUAUCUGCGUUAUAAGCCGGUGAUAAUCAUGCAGGGUUUAAGCCUGAUAAUCACAUGGUUUAUGCUUUUGUAUGCUCAAGGCACAUUAGCAGUCCAAUUCCUUGAAUUUUUUUAUGGCAUAUCCACAGCAACAGAGAUAGCCUAUUACUCUUAUAUUUACAGCAUUGUUGACCAUAGCAUGUACCAAAAAGUAACCAGCUAUUGCCGUACUGCUACACUAACUGGUUUUACUGUUGGCUCUGUUACAGGCCAAGUUCUGGUGUCUGUGACCAACUGGUCCUUAUUCAGUUUGAAUGUCAUAUCUCUAAUCAGUGUCUCUGUUGCUUUUGCCACCUCAUGGUUUUUACCUAUGCCAUUGAAAAGUCUUUUCUUC